AUGGAAGAGGACACGAGUGUAAUGUGCACAUUACCUCAGUGCUUGGGUUGUGGCAAAUGUUAUCGCUUCCUUACCAACUCCAAAUGCCAACUGUGUAAGGGAAGCAAUGAUGCUCAGUCCGGUAUCCCAACUCGUGCUCCACAUCCAAAUCCGGCUUCGACCUUGACCAAUCCGGCUUCCGCUUCAGUUCGGAACACACCUUUAACCGCUUCAACUCUUCCACAAGAGCUGUUCCAGGGCGGAGACACUCAGCCAGCCUUCAAACCCAACUAUUUACCAGUCGCAUUGAAUUCACAACUCCAAGGGUCCAUUCGCGCAUCCCAGUCUGGAAGGCGCACUGUAGGUCAGCCAAAGGGUAAGAAGAAGAAGGAAAUUGAGGAGGUAAUUGAAGAGGAAACUUCUGAAAUUGAAAUCUCGAUGAGUUUUCUUUACCUGAGUGGAACCGGCAAGUCCAACUACGUACGACAUGGUCUAACACCUCGAAAAUUCAAAAUCAACCUCGACAGCGCAGAUUGGUUUUUCUCUCUUGGUUGGGAUGUCUACAAAUACUACCUACAAGAAGCCAAGGAUUCAGCGUUCCCAUCAAAGACUCAGCAGCGAGAUAACAAAAUCUGUGCUCUGCCACCAGACUUUUCAUCCACGUAUUGUAUCAUCGUGGAAAAUGGGGUAUCAGUGACACAGGAUUCAAUGAAAACAACUCUCAUCAGCAAGUGCAAGACCAAGAAGCUCGAUAAAACUAAAUUUGGCUUGUUAUUUAAUAUGAGGAAAUACCUUGCGACUCUUUCAUCGGAUUCUUCUCCUGAACCUGAUCGAAGUCGAAAACGGACGAAUCGAUACGAACUUACCUCUGAUGAAGAGGCACUGGAUGAGUCUCCGGAACUCGAUCCGGCUCCUAAACCCUAUCCUCACACGCGAAAACGCCAGUACCCGGCCGUGUCGAUUUCGGAACCUCAAGACCAGGAAGCAGAUCGUUUUGAAGAAAUCAUACACGUCAACUCUGCAAGCUCGGCACAAGUUCAACUGGUGCAACUUCAGCAACCAGUUCCUCCUGAAAGAGAUGACAGUGCUGAUGCUGAUGGACCGAAAUUAGAGUGUGAUGAAUCUAUGUACCUUGAAAUGUUUGGUAACACACAUGAAUUAGCCCGCUCGGCGAAGGAAAUCCUGCCAUACCCUCCUCGCCCGAUUGCGAAUUGGAACGAAGGCUGGCUACUCUCGUUGAUCACUAAAAACCGAAAAGCCGUCUUCAAACCAGUCGCCAUCUCUUUCCGGGUCGAUCGAGAAUCUUUGAUUGGUGCGGGUCGAUUCAUGCAGUGCUAUAAAGCAGAAUUGCUUAUAGCACUUCAAGCUCAUCGUGUUGUGGCUAAGCAGGUGUUUGGUGACCACUGUCCAUUGGCGCAGUAUCAGCUUCAAGCACAGACAUAUGUGCACGUUGAAGGUGUUAUUGAGAGGUUUAAGGCCAAUGUUUUGAGUAACGAGAAAUUUACUCAACUAGAGAAGGAUUUAGUCAAUACUUUGAGACUGACAAGAAAUUCUCUCUGUACUUCUUGA